UGAACGUGGCUAACCGUACUCGCUCUUCGAUAUUUUUUUUAUAUAAAUCCAAGGGUUUAUACGAGAACAAUAUAAUUAAAGUAAAAGGGAAAGUGUUGGCGCAAUUUCGCGCCUUAUUACAGUGCUGUGACUUUUCGAAUUUAGAAUUUCAAAGUCGUGACGUGUUUUGUGCCAGUGACUUUUUGGUUUAUUGCUAAAUAUUGUUGUGGAUAUUCCAAAAUCGAAUUGAAAUCGACCAUGACGACUCCGGAUCUUCGGUCGGAGCGAGUGAAGCAGAUGUUUAGCUGGACUACGGGAGAGACCUCGCCUCCGUCGCCGAUGGGCGAUGAGAAGGAGUCCAAGAUCAGCCAGAUUCAGUUCUCUGCGCCAUUUGACAAACAAGAAAACACAAUGUGGCAAAAGCGUCAACAGGCAGUUUGUGUGCGGCACGCGUUCAAACACUACGGCUCCAACAAGCGGCCCAACCACGUACUCAGUAACCUCAACAUGACAGUCGCUAAGGGCACCAUAUAUGGUCUGCUGGGAGCUUCGGGUUGUGGCAAAACCACACUCCUAUCGUGCAUCGUGGGCAGACGGAAACUGAACAGCGGGGAGAUCUGGGUGCUGGGGGGAAAGCCAGGCACCAAAGGGUCAGGAGUUCCCGGCAAGCGCGUGGGCUACAUGCCACAGGAGAUCGCGCUAUACGGAGAGUUCACCAUCAAGGAGACCAUGAUGUACUUCGGCUGGAUCUUCGGCAUGGAGACCAGGGAGAUCGCGGAGCGGCUCCGGUUCCUCCUGGACUUCCUGGACUUGCCCAGCGAAAACCGCAUGGUGAAGAAUUUGAGUGGCGGUCAACAGCGUCGCGUCUCCUUCGCCGUGGCCCUAAUGCACGACCCAGAGCUUCUGAUCCUGGACGAACCCACGGUGGGGGUGGACCCACUUCUCCGCCAGUCCAUCUGGACUCACCUCGUGCGCAUCACCAGCUCCGGAGACAAGACUGUCAUCAUCACCACCCAUUACAUUGAAGAGGCUAGGCAGGCGCAUUGCAUCGGCCUGAUGCGCAGCGGCCGCCUCCUGGCCGAGGAGUCGCCCCAGGCCUUACUUACCAUGUACAGCUGCAUCUCACUGGAGGAUGUCUUCCUCAAGCUGUCUAGAAAGCAAGGUCAAACGAACCCCGUUGUCGAAUUGAACGUGUCCGGCGGAGCCCUAGGGCUCAACAAGAUGUCGAAACGCGAGGAGGCGCCGUACGCGGCGGAGGACGCCCAAGUGGUCGGCCUUAACUUCCAUCAGAGCAAAGAGGUUCUCAUUGUUGAGAACGGCCAGGCGGCUAGUAAUGGCGACCUUCCCGGGAAGGUGACAGAAGCAAUGACGACGGAAUGCAACGAUUGCGGAUCUAGCUGUUUCAAUCUUACAUCUCGCGGGAAAAUAAAGGCCCUCAUCCAGAAGAACUUCCUCAGGAUGUGGAGGAACAUCGGCGUGAUGCUGUUCAUCUUCGUUCUGCCUGUGAUGCAGGUCAUACUCUUCUGCUUGGCUAUAGGACGCGACCCGAGCGGGCUGAAACUGGCCGUAGUUAAUGACGACGUGAACGUGAUAGACGGAUACUGCCCCUUCAACUCUUCCUGCUCUAUGAAGAACCUCUCCUGUAGGUACCUGGACCAACUCCGGGAACACACUGUGAAGGAAUACUAUGCGGAUUUGACGUCGGCCCUGAACGCGGUGAAAGAGGGAGAGGCGUGGGGGGCGCUGUACUUUAACGAGAAUUAUACGGACUCACUUGUAGCACGAUUGGCUUUGGCCGACACCGCUGAUGACGACACCAUCGCGUCUUCCGAAGUGGAGGUCUGGCUGGACAUGUCCAACCAGCAGAUAGGGCUCAUGUUGAACCGCGACAUACAGUUCUCAUACCGCGACUUCGCUAAGGAUCUGCUGGACACAUGCAACUACAACCCGAAGCUGGGCGACAUCCCGAUCGACUUCAAGGACCCCAUAUACGGGAACAAGAACCCCUCUUUUACGGACUUUGUCGCGCCGGGAGUUAUUCUCACAAUCGUGUUCUUCUUAGCCGUCGCUCUGACAUCAUCAGCGUUGAUCGUUGAACGAAUGGAAGGUCUCCUGGACCGAUCCUGGGUGGCUGGAGUCUCUCCCGGGGAGAUCUUGUUCUCGCAUGUGGUAACGCAGUUCGUUGUCAUGUGUGGACAAACGGCUCUGGUGCUGAUCUUCAUGAUAUCCGUCUUCGGGGUCAAGAAUAAUGGCAACAUCAUGUUUGUCAUCAUGCUUACUUUGUUGCAAGGCCUAUGCGGCAUGUGCUUCGGCUUCGUGAUAUCGGCGGCGUGCGAGCUCGAGCGGAACGCUAUCCAGCUGGCGCUGGGCUCCUUCUACCCCACGCUGCUGCUCAGCGGCGUCAUCUGGCCCAUCGAGGGUAUGCCCUGGAUCCUCAGAUACGUGUCCCUCUGCCUACCCCUCACCCUCGCCACCACCUCCCUGAGGUCCAUCCUCACGAGGGGAUGGCCUCUAACAGACCCUGACGUAUACAUGGGUUUUAUAUCGACGCUAGCGUGGAUCGCUCUAUUCUUAGUCGUCACAUUGACCAUUUUGAAGUUCAAAAGGAAUUGAUCAGAAUAUAAAUUGAAUCUUUGUCUGUUGAAACGAAAUUGAGAUUUGUCGAGGAAUGAGUUUGAAUGAUGACGAAAUUACCAUUGGUCUUUGAAGUUUUUUUUUUUUUUAAUUAGUCUUCAUGGCAUCGAUUUUUUUUUUUGUAAUAGUCACGUUUUCAGUUUUAACAUUGAACAUCGAGGAUUCAAUGACAUUGCUCAAACCGCUAAGAACAAAUAGAUUAAUAUUAGUUCUUUAACUAUAUGGAUCUGUAGAAAUAUUUGUACUGCCAAAAAAAAAAUUAAAAUAAAAUAUUUUUAUACUUUGACAAAACUGUCAUAAUCUUUUCUUCACAAUUUAAAUUUGUAAAAAACCAAUAUUCAACGAUUUCCCACGAAAAUUUCAACGCAAAAGUUUAUUUCUAUAUUGCACUUACAAAAAACAUAUCAAAUUGACAGUUUUCAGUAAAAAAAAAUAAAAAAAAAAUCAGUAUAAAUAUCACUAUAGCCUCCAAACGACUGCUAGCCGAAGUGUAAAUAUAGCUAUAUUUAUAUUAAGUAGUACACACGUACUUAGAGGAGGGGAUGUUAGCAACAGUGGUCGCGAAGGGUACCCCGUAGGUUUAGGGUAGAGGUACAUUAUAUUAAAUUCUUGUAAGGGAUGUGGUAACACUAAUAUAGCCCUAGUACUGAGAUGAUUGAUAUAAAAU